AACCAGUGAACUACAGCGACGCGGCGUUCCCAAUCCAAUUGGAAUAAUUUCGCUGCCUCUUUCCUUGCCGGCUCGGAUUGGGACUCUGCGGAGGAAGAAAAUAAAUAUCCAAUUCUUUCUCAGAAACCCUUGUAAACCAUUGCUGAAUCCUUCUGAAAAGAUAAGAUCUCCGAUCAGGAAGUUAGGGUUUUCGUUCAAUAUGUCGAUGGGCAGACCCAAGGACAGUGACUUACAGGUAGCGGUGCCGCCGGAGAAGUCGAAACUGGCUAUCCCUCCUCGUCCACCCUCUGCGGUGACGGCAUCAACGGCGAUUGUGGAGUACUCGGCGCCUGUGUUCAAGGAAGAGGAGGAGGACUUAGAGGUGAAGCUCCGACGAAUCAUCGAAAACGUACCCGUUCGAGUUAGUAAUACUUCUGGCAGUUCUGCUGGUUCUGGCUCUGGCGACUUCCACCAGUAUCGGCAAAUGAGGCGGAAAGAGCAAGACCGUCUUUCAAGGAUGGAUGCUGACUACCAGAAAAGAAAAGAACUGGCUGAGUUCAAUAUGAGAAGAGAGGAAAGAUUAAAAGCUGCAGAAGAACGAACAGCAAAGAAGCGAUUGAAACGCCAAAAGAAAAAGCUCAGGAAGAAGGAGAAGAAGAUGAGAUCAAGUGCUGGUGGAGAUGAGAAUAAAAAAGAAGAAUCUUCAGAUGACGAAAGUGAUUCUGAUAAUGGUGAAGAAGCUGCAAACUGAACGAUGUUUGCUCUGAAAUUGUUAAUCCAACCUUUUCUUCAAGCUAGUUUCCACCAGGCAGGCACAUCCAGCUAGGGAGCUCAAUUGAACUUAUUUAGUUUUUUGCAUUUGUUCAGAUGAGAUUUCCUGGUAUGUAACAUUUCAAGCAUGAUUCAGAACAGAAAGAAAUAGUAGAUUUUUUUUUUUUUAAUUUUUAUUAUUUUAAGAGGUUGAAAUUAUUCUAACUUAGAAGGAUGAUGAACUCCUUGCCAUGUGAAUUCUCCGUUGUCAUGAAAUGUCAUGUGAAAUGAGUUUUAAUCUGCC